AUGUUCCUGGGGGACUCCAGCCGCCGCAGAGAGGGAACCUCCCGGGGCCCCCACGACGUCCUAGUCGGAGCCGGGCUCUGGCCUUCAACCCUGCGUCCCUCGGGCGGCUUCCCCGCUGGCGGCAAGAGCGUGGCCGGCCGGGAGGAGGCCUCGGCCUCCAGCGCGCUGCUGGAAGACCUCAGGCGGCGGCUGGUGCGCGCCUUCCAGCGGGCGGUGCCGCGCGGCGGCUCGAGGCGCUCGCGGGAGGAGGCGGCGGCGCGGGAGGAGCAGAGCCGGGCGCGCGUCGAGAGCGCCCUGGCCGGGCUGCGCACCGAGCUGCUGGAAAUGCAUUUCCAAAAUCACCAGCUGGCCAGAACUUUGCUGGAUUUAAACAUGAAAAUGCAGCAAUUGAAAAAGGAGUACGAACUGGAAGUUGCAUCGGAAUCGCAAAGCUCGGAAGAUAAUGCCGUGAAUCUGGAAUGA